AUGGCAGAAUCGAUGGUGGACGCAUUUUCAUUCGAGUCAAGUGGAGCCAGGGACGAGAAUGCCUGCGCAGUGGUCACGAGAUUGUUUGGGCAGACACUCACGCACUAUUUGGUCACCAAGAAGCACAAAGACGACCCCCUUCUCAUCCAGAUCACGUUCCAAUCGUGCUUCGUCCAAAUCCUCGAGUUUGUGAUUUGCUCGUGGACGCUAUCUGGCGAUGAUGCCAGCGGAAUAUUCACCAGCACAUAUGAAAGAAUACGACGAGGUGAGGCACAAGCGAUAUCAGGGAGGUGGCGGGCGCUCACGAGUGCAUAUGCCCACAAUAAUUACGAAGAGAGCCAGGUCAUCGCAGCGGUUACACCACACCUCGUGGGACGUCUCUCCAGCAUCAUGCUUGUUGCAGGGUGCUCCGCAGCACCAGAUGUACUUCACGCAUCAGUAGAGAAAAAGUUAAGUGACAGGAUCGUACUCCUCUUCAAGCUGGCCACGCAGCUUAACAAGAUCGUGAUGGAGGAGAUCACGUCUGCCGACUUGAAACCGUCAACGGUGCCUGGUGGGUUCGCGUAUUCUGCGGAGGAGAUGGAGGAUGCGUACGUAGACGGAGACCCCGCAACUGGCGGUGUCCGGGUGCUGUGCACGACGGACCUUGGCCUGAGCCGAAUCACUAGGCUGGCCACAUCAGGAGACAAACAGUGGGAUAUCAAGCUCUUAUUGAAACCAAAAGUCGCGCUGGAGACAGUGGUUAACAGCAUGGAUGAGUAA